UUCGGCAAAAAAUCACAUAUAUGAAGUAUGUCGCAUAUCACUACGCGUUUUUGAAAUUAGAAUAAUAUAUUCGUUAAUUUUCCUAUAACGAAUGAUAACAUCAGCGUGCUUGUGUACCAUGUUCAAAAAGAAGAACUGAGAAGUAAGAGUGAUAUACUGUGGAGGAAUUGUUUUCAGUUAUUUUCAAUUAUUUUUAUUAUUGUAUGAGUUUUUCUGGUUCUAACUCUCGGAUAUUAAUGCGAGCAAAAAGAAGAACUUCACAAUCGGUUGUUUCGUCAACAUCAAAUAUUGCGGCGGCACAAAGUCACGAUACUAUCAUGUCAAUAUGUUUGAAAAAUUCCCCGGAAGAGGAACGUUAUAAUCAUAUCAAUACCUUUAAAAAAACUAUCUUAUCCUCCGAUAAAGAAACGAAUGUAGACGAGCAGAAGAAAAAUACAGAGACAAGGAUGAAUGAAAAAGAGUAAGUUUGAGGUCUUUUUCUCUUCUUAUUUAUACACAUCGCUACUAGACGAUAGCGAUGUCGAAAUCACCAAGAUAAUAGAUAAAAACCAAAAGGAGGUACAGGAAGACCAGAAGAGAACUUUUCAAUGUAAUCUAACAAAAGAGAUGUAUCCAUUGAGUCUUAGAAACUGGCCAAUUUUCAAUCUAUUAAAGCUGGAAUUUAUUCCACAAAUUUGCACAGUUAUGGUAUAUGGUAACUGUGGUAACAGGGCUAUAAUUGUGACAAAGGACAAAAAUGUAUAUAGCUUAGGUUAUAAUAGAGAUGAUUCGAAGACUGAUCAUCUUAACAGUUACAUGCAUACAGGGCUCUACCCAAAAAAGAUUGAAGAACUAUGUGGAAAAAAUAUAAAAACUUUUGCUUGCGGCUCAUAUUUUAUUCUGGCACUUACAGAAGAAGGAGAGGUUUAUUCCUGGAGCUUUAAAGAGAAGCGCAAUUCGAAUGAUGGAUCACAUAUACUUAGGAUUAAAUCCACACCUACUCGAGUGGCCAACUUAAGUGAGAAAUGUAUUGUAGAUAUCGCAUGUGGCAGUCGUCAUUGUCUUGCUUUGACCAGUGAUGGACAGGUAUAUGCUUGGGGAGAAAAUAGUUAUGGGCAGAUUGGUAUCGAAAACACAGCUAUCUUUGAUGGCAGUCUGCCGAGACAAGUGAAAUAUGAUUUAGAAGGGAAAAUGAUAAUCCGUAUUGCCUGUGGCUCAAUGUUCAACAUUGUUAUCACUGAUGAGGGCAAACUGUAUGGUUGGGGCAACAACGAGAAUGGCCAGAUUUCAAUUGAUGAUACUACUCAUAUUUUUACUACCUCCAACAAUUUAUAUAGUUUUGGCUCUGAAACACUACUCUCCACAAACGAUGAUACUACCAUUUCUUUUUCUCCCCCAAUUUUUGGCUCUACGAAUCCAAAAACUCCCAAACAUGCCAAUAUCUCACCAUCCCAAUAUUCUUUAGCAGCGCCCCAUCGCAUUAUGCUUAGCAAAACUGCAGCGCUCAGUUCUACGAAAACAAGUAAUGUUCACUUAAAGCAUUAUAUGUGCCCACGCCAAAUUACGAUGAUUUCGGAAAAAAUAGUUGAUGUUGCCUGUGGUGACAAGCAUACGUUGGCGCUCACGGAUAAAGGAAAGAUCUAUGCCUGGGGCUAUAAUACUAACGGACAAAUAGGUGUUAAUAACAUACUGAACUCCAAACCGAUUAUGGUGAACGUGUCCGAAAUGAGAGAAGUGUCGGAGAUCGCUGCUUAUGGUAACUCGAGCGUUGCCAUUGGUAAUAAUAAAACUAUCUAUGUAUGGGGCGAUUGCUUUGGUCAGGAUAUUACCACUCCAUUUCCCACGAAGUUCUCAAAAAUUCACGAUGCGUUUGCAUAUAGUAAGUCGAGAGUCAUGCACAAGCCAUUGACCGUACCUAGGAACGAUUACGAAUACGUCAUAGAAGGAUUGAAUGUAUUAGAAUCCAUAGGAGCAGCAUUCGACGAUCCGUCAACAAGCGAUUGUACUCUACAAGUCGAAGGACAACCUAUUUAUGUUCACAAGGCUAUUCUUAAAAUUCGUUGUCAACAUUUUAAAAAAAAGUUUCAGGAAAAGGAAACUGACAAUGAUCAAAGUAUACCAGAUUCAUCACCAAUAUACACUAUAUCAGAUAAAUUUUCCUACAUUGUAUACAAGGCCUUUCUGAAAUAUUUAUAUACCGGCAAAAUCGAUUUACCUUCGAAGGAUGCAUUAGAGCUUAUGAAAUUGGCCCAUGAGUACAGUGAGACCAAUCUUAAGAAAGAUUGUCGUGAGAUAAUAAAGCAAGAAAUCAGGGAGUCAAAUGUAGCUUCCUAUUAUAAUGAGGUUAUUGAAUGUAAUGAUAAGGAACUGGAGGAGUAUUGCUUCCAGUUUAUUCUGCAUAACCUGACAGCUGUAGUAUUAUCGGACGAUUUUUUUAAAUUAGAUGUGCAUAUUAAGCAUAUUAUACGCAUAGCAGCUGAAAAAGGUCUUUUUAAAACGUAACUUAAAAAAAAAGUUAUGUUUUAAAAAGACCUUUAAAAAGUUUCGACAUAAAUUUUGAGUAAAAUCGCUCGAUUGUUUUUUUUUUAUUUUUUAAUUUUUUUUUUUUUAUAUAUAUUUUUGUACGUAUACUAUAUGUGCGCAAUAAUAAAGUAAACCUUCCUAUUCUGGUUAUCAUUUCAUAACAUUUUAUGUAAUUUAUCUUAUAUAAUUUUAUUCAUCAGGAUUUUUUUUUAUUUUUUUAUCAAAACAAUUUUAUUUAUCGAGACAUUGCGAAAUUUUUUCAAUUUCUCUUAAAUAAUAAAUUUGACGUUAUUCAUAGAAAACUUUUUCUUCUUUUAUUACUGUCUUCUCUAGCUUAUCAAAGCGUGAAUAGGAGAAUUGUUAUUGAAAAUA